AUGUGCGCUGAGCGCGUCCGGCCUCAGCCCCGGGGCCGGAGCAGCGGCACGGACAGGCGGACAGAUGGACAGGCGGACAGAUGGACAGGCGGACAGAUGGACAGGCGGACAGAUGGACAGCCGGACAGGCGGACAGAUGGACAGCCGGACGGCUCUGCCUUGUUACAGACAACGCUGUCUUACCCAGGCCCUUGUGUGAGCGUGUGUCCGGCCCGGCUGCGCUCCCGCCGCCCGCGGGCCACGCGGGGCUCGGGGGCCGCGGCGGGGCCGGCGGGCCGGGCCCCGAGCGGCGGCAGUUGGGACCCCGCGGGCACCGGCGCCUCUCCGCGGAUGGACGCUGAGCCGCCAGCCGGGCCCCAGGCCCGCGACCCCGCCGGGCGGGGAGCGGAGCCGGGGGACGGCAGCGGGGCGGCCGCGGGGCUGCCCAGCCCCGGCACCCGCAGAGACGCCCCCGCGGCCCCCGGGGACAGGCCCGUGGCCGUGUCGGUGGUCACCAACUCAGCCUUCGAGGGGGCCCCUCCACCCUACUCGCCGCCGGACCCCAAGAGCUUUCACCUCCACUACCCGCCCUACCCAGCCGGCUACUCCCAGCAAGGGCCCGUCAUUUACCCGUCGGGGCCUGGACCGCGGCCCUUCCCAGCCCCGGGCUUCCCCCCCGGGCCCCUGCCCUACAGCCCGCACCCCGCGCAGCCGGGCGCGGGGCCCUCACCCGCGGGCCACGGGCACCAGCGGCCCAAGGACUACACGGUGGAGUCGGUGCUGGUGACCCUCUUCUGCUGCGUGCUCACCGGGGUCAUGGCCCUCGUCUACUCCCACGAGACCCGGGCUGCGCUCGCCCGUGGGGACGUGGCCCAGGCGUACGUGGCAUCCAGAAAGGCGCAGUCACUGGUCCUCAUCAGCCUCCUCUUCGGGUUGUUCGCCUCCAUCAGCUGGAUCAUCUACGUCCUGGUGUCCCUGUACCUGUGA